UUUCCGGUCUGUCAGCAGUGUGUGUGUGUGUGAGAGAGAGAGAGACAGAGAGAGAGAGAUUUAACUUUAGUAAACAGUCUAAAUUUCAGUAGUUUAAGGAUUUUAAUUCAACUUUAUUGAGACUCUUAAACACGACAGGCUGCGGGAUGAACGCGCUGCUGCUGCGGAGAGCGGGAGCGCGCAGAGGUUUCCACGUGUCGGCACUGGCGGCGACCUUUGACCUGAGGAAAGUUGAUCUGACGCCUCUGGAGCAAAGAAAGCUGACGUUCGACUCCCACAGCAUGGUGACGGAGCUGCAGGGCAGCGGCUUCGAGAAGCAGCAGGCAGAGCUCGUCGUGUCGGCGCUGGUCACUCUGAGCACGGCCAACAUGGAGCAGGUGUACAGAGACAUGGUGACCCGGGCACACCAGGAGAUCGCGCUGCAGCAGAUCAUGGCUCACCUGGACUCCAUCAGGAAGGACAUGGUGAUCCUGGAGAAGAGCGACUUCGCCAACCUGCGCUCUGAAAACACGAAAAUGAAGCGCGAGUUGGAGCAACUUCACAACCGAGUGAAGGAGGAGAGUCAGAAGGUUCGAGCAGAAACUAAACUGGACAUCAACCUGCAGAGCAGCCGCAUCUCCGACCUGUUUGCUGAGCAGGAGAAGAAGCUGAUGGAGGCCAGCACUGACUUCCACCACAAGAAAGCCGACCUGGAAAACGACAACAUGGAGAUCAACAGGAAGAUCGUCCUGCAGGUGGCGUCGCUCAAAACCCUGCUGGAGUCUCUGAAGCUGGAGACCAUCCGCUACCUGGCAGCGACGGUGUUCUCCUGCCUGGCCAUCGCUCUGGGAGUCUACCGGCUGUGGAGGUGAAGAAGAAGAAGAAGAAGGAGGAGAGGGAGGAGAAGAAGAAGAAGCAGAAGAAGAAGAAGGAGAAGAAGAAGAAGCAGAAGAAGGAGGAGAAGAAGAAGCAGAAGAAGCAGAAGAAGAAGAAGAAGCAGAAGAAAUUUUGUAGUAAAUAUAAGUUCAGUUUUAAUACAGAAGUAUUCUAAGAAACGUUUAUAUUUGAUGCUUUAUGUUGAAUCUGGUUUAUUGAUGGUGAUUAAGUCAAAUGUAAAAAGUUGUUUAAUUUUUUAUUUCACAUUAAGAUAAAAGUCACGUUUGUUUCUCAUCGUCACAAUAAAGACUUUAAAUCAGAUGUGGUUUUAAUUUAUAAAAUACUGAACGUGGAAAACAGAAAGAUUAAGUGAAAAUAAAACUGAUAUUUUAAAUGA